CCAUUACCAUUGCCCAGCGCUGGAAUUGUACGCCACUUGAAAUCAGUUUGACUUCAACGCGCUCAAACGAUUGUAGUGAUUCGAGAUUACUUCGAUAUAAAAUUUUAUGUAUUUCCAGCAAAUGAAUUAAAAAUUCCAAGAAUUAACGAUUUUCGGUUUCAAAAUUAAAAUAGAUAUAAAGUGUUACAACAACAACAAUAAAAAACAAACUCAAACUCAGCGUAAACGCAACGACACAGCAUCUCUCCGGCCAAAAAGAGUCCUUUGCUGAGCGCCAGAUAUCCUUAUUGGAGAGCGCCUUAUAGCUGAAUACCGUUAUAUGUGAUUGUGAGCCACUAAGCUAGUGAACUGUUGAGUAAAAGCGUUUGUGUGGGCGUUAAUAGCAAUAACAACAACAUUGUGCUUCGCAUCCUUGUAUGAAGCUCUCAUAGAACUGAGUCCUUAAGUGCAUAACGGUAAUUGUGUGGCAAGUGCGCGCGCAUAGUACUCAAAAAUAAACCUUCGCAGCAGAGUGCAGUGCAAGAUUCAUUCGCUGACAAAAAUCCCAAAAGUGUUUACCAGAAAACACAAUAACAAAAACAACAAAAUAAACGCGUUUAAUUUCGUGAGUGUAUUCGGCGUAUUUGCAAAUUCACCACAAAAAUUUACAUUUGUUCAUCGACAUUUAUUCAACAAAUAGUAGGACUUGAGUCAGUCAGCAUCGCCAGCGGCAUCCUUCAGCCACAGAGCGUAAAAGCAGCAGCAAGAACAACAAAGUAAUUGCUUGCGUGUUGCGCAGUUUUCUUUCCGUUGCCACUUAUUUAUCGCAUCCGCACACACACACACAUCCAUCGUAGCAGCCAACACUGUUGCACUAGCCACAGCUGCUCGUUAACGACGACCAUCGCAUAAAACUGGGCAUUCCAAUUAAAAGCAAAAUAGAUUUCUUCUUGGCCAAUAGUUCACCAUCAAAUCUGCAUACCAACCGACAGCUACAACAACAGCAACGGCGUUGGACGACGAGAAAAACCAGCCGCAGUACACGCACUGCGAUUCGGGCUAGCAACGCUGUCGCCAGGGCUAGAAAACCGACACCACUCGAGGCCGAACAACAGCAACAGCAGCAACAAAAACAACAUCACCAAUCAAAACGUCAACUCUUUGUUAAAAUGAAUCUUCUAAUGGUCUGCGUACUUCUGCUGGUGGCAUUUAUCUGCCAACCAACAUUGAUUUAUGGUCUACGCGGUAGUCACAACGCCGGCGCUGCUGUCACCAGCAACCAUGGCGAUCACGAUCUCGUCCACCAUCAGCGGAGUAUCAAAACAUUUGGCGGCAAAGUGAAGCGUUCACGCUCCCAUUUACCACACGCUACGGCCGCCGAGCUGGCGAAUGCCAAGUUGGUUAUGGCGAUGGAGUCGGGUGAUGUAUUGGUGCGGCGUGCAGCGCGUGGUGCCAAUGUUGAUGGCGUCGAUGACAGCGCAGCCAACGUUGAUACAGCGGCUGUUGGCGGUGGCAAGCGCAACAAAAAUGGCAACAACAGCAAUAAGAAGCAGAACAAGAGCACUGAUGCCUCGAACGGUGGGCGGAAGCAAGAUAAAAAGUUCUCUGCUACUGUUGGUGGUCAAGCACAACAACAUCACGGCAGCGGUAACGGCAAUGGUGGUAAUAAUGGCAAUGGCAAGGGUAGACAACGUCAACAACUUCCACGUGCACAACAACAUCAGGGACACGGCAAACGCGGCGGCAAUGGCAAUGGCAAUGGCAGUGGUUCGGGCACUAAAGUACGCAUGGAAAGCGUGGAGAAGACCUCAACUUCGGAAAAGUCACAAUCCAGUUGUCGUUACGCGAAAGGCGCCUGGACCGAUUGCGAUCUCAAAACUAAUGUGCGUACCCGCACUUUGACGCUCAAAAAGGGCGAGGCGAAUUGCUUGGCCACCAGAACCAUGCAAAAGAAAUGCAAGAAACCGUGCCGUUAUGAAAAGGGUGCCUGGUCAGAAUGUCUUAAUGGUCAAAUGACAAGACAAGAUAAAUUGAAAUCGACCACAACAAAUAAUCCGACCGCUGCUACUGACACCGCCGAUGCCAAUGCCGAUUCGAGCUGUGAACCGAUGCGCAAAAUCACCAAGAGAUGUAAUGUCGGCGGCGCUAAGAUGGCAAAUAAGUCCAAUAAGGAGCGCAAGCAUAAGGAUAAAGCACAACGCCGAACACAACAGCAGGGUCAGUGAGAAGAGUUACAUUAACGAGCAGAAAACAAAAUAUCAAAAAUGUGCUAAGAGGCGCAAGGGCACACGAUUUUUAAAUUAAAAUAUCAUAAUUUUAACAUUUAUUUUUAAAAUUGAAAGCAAAACACGAAUUAGUGUUUACUUAAAAAUACAUACAUAUAUACAUUCUAUAUAAUAAAGUAUUAAGUUCUAAAUUCAUAGAGCGUGCAGAACGUGUAGUAGAGAGCAAAGGCGUUCUUACAUUUAAAUUACCUUAAUAUAUUUACAUACAUACAUACAUACAUUGUACAUGUAUUUGCACAACAAAUUAGAAUAAAACAAAUUUCUUUGAAAUAAAAAUAAUAAGACUUUAUUUUUCAAUUUUUUUCUUUCUUUAUUUUCUGCUUUAGCAUUUGCUGUUGGUAGCUUCAUUUCCAUUCAUUCAUUUCAUGUACAUAUAUAAAUGUUAGGUAUAUAAGAAUUUAAAAGGAAGAAAAAUGUACAUAUGGUAUUUAUAUAUGUGCACUCUUUUCAUUUUUUUUUUCAUUUGUAUACAAAGCGUUAACUUU